AUGCGUAAUAAAGCUAAUAACUUUAAAACACAUGCUAAAGAACAAUUUUUCAAUAUUCUGGAGUUUUCGUUAGAAGAAUCAAACGUGAACAAUCCAAAACAGUACUGGAGAACUAACAGAACAGUUUUAUUUAAACAAAACAGAGAGAGGUUAGCUUUAGAGGAGGAGGAAAGACAAAGAAUAGAAAGGAAGAGAACAGAAAAAGAAGCAUUAGAAAGAGCAAAAUCUGCUGUUGAUAAGGAAAGAGAAAUACAAGAAAUAAUCAGAAGAUAUAGUCAGACAGACUAUGGAGAUACAUACCCUGUAGACCAUGAGAACAUACACUAUCAGACACAUCCACAAAGUAGAAGUCAGGAGCAAGGCUUCAUAGAGCAGGGUAGGAGAUAUGAAAGUAGGGUUCAAGUUGAAUCUGUAGACUUGAGGCUACCAAGCCAUAACACUACCAUAAGAGACAGGGAUAGAAGAAAUAGUGCUUUAGAACAGGAAAAGCAAAAGAUAGAUCUUGAAAUGAAAAGACUUAAAGAAAGAGAACAACAGUUGUUGAUUGAAGAAGAAAAGGGAGAUAUAAGUGACACUGAUAGUGUAUAUGAAGAUCAGUUAGGUUAUUUUGAAACAAGAGAUGUUACAGGUAGCCUAACUCAUGUAAAGGACAAGCAAAGACUUAGUCAUGCACAAAGUCAUACUGGAGAUAAAAUUGAUAGUAUACAAAGAGAUGGAGAAAAUGACUUUGAAUUUGAAAAAGAAUUAGAAUGGGUAGAAAAGAAAGCUGCAGAGUAUGAUAAUUCACUAGCUCUGUUAAGCAGUACCAGAAGAGAUGGGCAUGAAGAUCAUGCCUUGCAAGGUAAACAAAAUCGCCUACCAGGUAGCCAAGAUACAGACUUUAAUAAGAAACAAGGCGUUUCUGAAGCUCAUUUUGAGGCAGAUAGAGUUAGAUAUAAAACGGAAAGAAUGUAUAAUGACAAGUAUACAUAUGAUGAGGAUCUUGAUACUGGAAGGCAUUUGAAAGGAAACAACGUUUUUGUAGAGAAUACUAUUGAUAUAGUUAAAGCAGAUGAUGAGGAAGAAACUGAAAUAAAAAGAAGAAUACAAAAACUUCAAUCACAGGAGAAGACAGCGGAGUUGAAGCUCAAGAGUAAGCAAAUGUUAAAAGAGAUGAGACUCAAGGAAAUAGAAGUUGAAAGAUUACUGAGGGAAAAGCAAGAGAAAAGGCGUCUUAAAGAAAGGAGAUUAAACGAUCUAAAAGAACAAGAGAGAGCUAUAGAAAGGAGUCUGCUUGAAAAGGAAAAAGCUUUGAAAGUGAUUGAGAAAGAAAUGAGUAACGACUAUGAGUACACAGAUAUUCAGCCUACAAUCAAGAAAACUAUACAUAGAAAUCAGUGGCACAGCCCGAUACUUACGAUGAAGAUAAAAAUACUUCUAACAUUAGGUACAGAUGUGUCUACAAGAGAAAUUGUUGAUAAAUUAGAAACUAUAUACGGCAAUGUAAGAUCUGGAGAAUCAGUCUUAGGAGAGUUCUACCAAUCCAAACAAAGAAAAGAUGAAACCCUAGCAGAAUGGAGAAUUAGAUUAGAAAGUAUGCUACAGAUAGCACUUGAGAAAAAUCAAAUACACAAAAGUCAGAAGGAUGAAAUUCUUAGAUGUAGAUUUUGGCGAUACUUAUACAACGAUGAUCUCAAGAAUGCGACUAGACUUGGAUACGAAACAGCCAAAGAUUUCGAAGACCUUCAAAGAAAAAUCAGGAAAGAAGAGUCUGAAAUGAGUUUGACGAAAUAUACGAAAGUAACAGAUACUCCAAAACAAGUAAAUAGUCAGCAAGCAAGUUACAAAGAACAACUUACUAUACUGAAGGAAGGCAGAGGUAGAGCUCCUUUUAGAUCAAGAGGAUUUCGUUACCGAGGAAGAGGAUACAGAGAUGAAAGCAGAAGAUUUGAUACUGCACGAAACAGAGACUACGAUAGUCGUGGAUCAGAAAAGAGAAAACCAGAUCAACAAGAGAGAAAGCCUAUACAGAACAAUAACGAAAGAUACGACAAUGCGAAGGCUGACACAAAGAAGGAAGAAACAAGUGCUAAGGAGUCUUUAAACUAG